GUCGGAGCCAAAGCGACUUGAGUGACGAUCCCGAAGGCUUUGGGCGUUCUUGUGAGGCUCGACCUUUCUUGUGCCACUAGUCAACCUUAGGUGUUCCCCGGACUUAGCGGAAGCUUUCCCACUUGGAUUCGGUCUUCUGGCACGAUGAGCGACAGCGGGACGAGCGCCGUGCCGCCUCAGGCCUUCAAACGGGCCGCGAGGAAGAUCAAAUGUGCCGCCAUGGUGACCAGCCUGGCCAGGAGCUGGCAGGGCUGGGCCACUGAGCACGCAGACAAGCAGGACUCCAUCCCCCCUGGCUGGAUCCCUUCCUCCGUGGACCAGGGGGAUAAAAAAGAACCGACCCAUGUGGUCAAACUAAACAUUACGCCCCGUGUGGUGGCCGUAGAUGCCAGCAACGCCGCUAGUGCCAUCAGAACCGGCUCGGUGACCAAGACGGUGCAGCCCAAACGCAGCGAGUGCAGCGGCGGCGAUGUGAUCAGUGCCAUCCGGGGACUGAUGGAGUCCGGCCCCGAGAAGAGUAAGCCGUUCUUCGGCAACGAGUCGCCGACGCGGCGCCGCCACUUGAGGGCGCUGCAAGGCGCUGGAGGAGGCGUCAUCCAUGACAGGAAGUUGAUGCUGCAGGACAGGAAGUUGGGCUCCAGGAGCAGCAGCCUGGACACAGAGGACAGCGGGCUGGGGGACGAAACGGCGCUCGACGACAACGGCAGCGACACGAAAACAGAAACGACUGACGUCAGCCUGAAAAAAACAGCCAGCAGGCCUAAGAUGAAGAUUUCCGCCACAGGCGACAUCAAGAGCCGUUGGCAGCAGUGGUCCGAGCAGCACACGGAGAGCCAGAAGCUCAACCCGUUCAGCGAGGACUUCGACCACGACUACGCCAUGAGCCUGCGGCUGCGUAAGGGCGAGAGCGGCUACGGACGCCCCAAAGAGGGCUCCAGGACGGCCGAGCGAGGUGACCGGGCCCACAGGCACAUCCACAGGGAGAUGGAAGAGAUGGUGUGGAUCAUCAGAGAAAUGGGCCUCCAGGACAGAGACGGCCGGCCGGCGGUCACCUUCGGACGCCUCUUCGACCGAUACGUGAAGAUCUCGGACAAGGUGGUGGGCAUCUUGCUACGCUGCCGCAAACACAAGAUGGUGCGCUUUGAGGGCGAGAUGCUGUGGAAAGGACAGGACGACCACGUUGUCAUCACGCUGACCGACUGACCCUUAACCUUCUCAGCGGACCACGGGAAACUUUAGCUACUUUACCUCUGAGGUCUUUUUAUUUGACCCAAAAAACUUGAUGAACCUUAACACCGUGUUAGGGUUAGUCUGGAUAGGACUUGGUUAGACAGUAUGAGGUAAAGAAAGAUUACACACUAAAAAAUUCUGGGUUAUUUUAAUAACCCAAAUUAUGAGUUGCUAGUGUUGGGUUACAUUUUGGAGGUUUUUUUUAUGAAUAGCAGUCCUUUUUGUGGGCUAUAAGGGUAUUAUUUUAACUCAAUUUCUGGGUUUUCAAAAUUUUGAACCAUUUUUGGGUUGUUUUUCAAUGAGUAACACAUUUUUGGGUAAAAAGGCUUUUUUUUUUUAAAUAAAAAGUAAAAUUUUUUCUUGGAGGGAAUUUAUUAUGGAUUAAUAUCAUUGACAUUAUUUACAAUCACACAUUGUUCGUACAUGAAAAUAUAUGAGCAUGCUGUAUAGGACUAUGACCAUACACGGCAAUUCUUGUAGAAAAAUGUAAUUCAUAUCUUGCUUUUGAGUAUAUUUUAAUGGAAUAAAAAUAAUUUUGACCAGUAGUUGGGAAGGAGUAGGACAAACCAGUACUAAAAUGUAUAAUUUUUAACCAACUAUUGGGUCGAGGAGCGCUAAAUUGCGCAACCCUGUUACGUGCAUUGGUCGCAGCUUGCUGCAAGGUCUGUUCGCCCGGGAUGCAAAUGGACCACUCUGGACAGGACGUGCAGGUAGGAACAUGAUUUACUUGUAGAACUCAAACAAGUACCAAAAACUGAAAAUAGCCCAGGGGAAAAAGUGUGCCGAUCGCACUCGGAGCAAAAGACAAGGAAUACUCACGUAACAGUAGCAUAAGCAAACAAAGAAGCCAGAAAGAGUGACCGGCAAAGGCAGGCUUAAAUCAUGCCUCUGAUUAGUACUCGGGGAACAGGUGAGUGUCCCGAACACCAAUCAGAGGCAGGUGAUAAUAAUAAGUAGCCAAGGUAACUAAACAAAUUCAAGAGUGCACAAACACUGGAACUAAAGGAUUCCAAAACUAACAACAAAUAACAAAAACAUGAUCCGGGCCACAGAUCAUGACAAAUCCAAUAGUUGGGUUGGGAAUAACCCAACAUUGUAGUGAGCAUAACUCAGCUUUUGUGUUAAAUAAAUUAAACCCAAUAGUUGGGUUAUGAAUCAACCCACAUUGAGUUAGCGCAACUCCAUUUUUGGGUUAGAUAAUUCAACCCAUUAGUUUGGUUGGGAAUAACCCAACAUUGAGUUAUCAUAAUUCAAGUUUUUGGUUAAAUAAUUCAACACAAAAGUCUGGUUGAAAAAAUGUACCCAAAAUGUUGAGUUAAAAUAACUCAAAUAAGGGGUUUAACCUUUUCUGAACCAGCAGUUGGGUUAAUAUUGGUUUAUUUUUUUAACCCAACAUGUUUUUAUGUGUAGGGUUAGGUACACACUAAAAAUGCCGGGUUAUUUUGAUAACCCAAUUUAUGAGUUGCUAGUGUUGGGUAAAAUUUUUGAGUUAUUUUUAUGAACAACAAUCCAUUUUGGCGGUUAUAGGCGUAUUUGUGGAGGGGGGCGUGGCGGAAUGGGGUGUGCCAGGACCGGCCUCGAAGACAGUGACAGGUGCGUAAAUGGCCCAGGUGGGCCUUGUUAUCUAAACCCCAUGUCGCUCUGUAUAAGCAGCAGUCGGGAGGAGAGAGUUGGUUGGAGCUGUAGCUGGAGCUGGAGCGAGAGUGACACGGACACAAACUCAGCGAAUCAGACUUUAUGCUGAAAAGUAGAAGGAUGGAAAACAUAGAAAAAAAAACAGUAUUACAUCCUGAAACCAGGGCUCUCAUGUCGAUAUGUGGUGGUCUGAAGAAUCCCCUGGAGGGCAACUUCCACAGUAUUAUUUUAACUACAUUUCUGGGUUUUCAAAAUGAAUAACCAUUUUUGGGCUGUUUUUCAACGAGUAACACUUUUUUGGGUAAAAGGCUUUUUUUUUUUAAAGUAAAAAGUUAAUUUUUUGUUUAACUAAAUUUUUAGUUUGGAUUAAUCUCAUGAACAUUAUUUACAAUCACUCAACAUUGGGUUACCAUAACUUUUGGGUUAAAUAAUUCAACCCAAUAGUGUGGGUUAACUCAACUUUUUGGUUAAACAAUUUAACACAAAAAUGUUGAGUUAAAAUAACGCAAAUAAGGGGUUUGUCCUUUUCUGAACCAGCAGUUGGUUUAAAAUUGUUUUUUGUUUAACUCAACAUUUUUUAGUGUGCAAUGAUGGGUCAAAUGAUACUGAAACAUUGAUGCAUUAUGAAACACAAGGACUGAUACUGUCUCCUUCAAUGUGUCACUUUAAAGUACCAGUACAGUGGAAAAGCCAGUUGCCUCCACAUUGAACAUAUUAUCAUUUAUAUCUGAUUGAUGACACCAAAAGACGUACACAGUAAAUCGAUACGAUGAAAAUGGUAUCAAUCUCAAGGAGCGUCCGAACCAUUUUUAGAGUUAAAGAGCAAGCCAGUCAUGUGAUCAGUGACGUAGAGGUGGGAACCACAGAUCCCGUCCCCAUCAACAACAAUGCAAAUCAUGCAGACUUUGUGAGAGCCAACAAGGAUUAUGAUCAAGAAACUUAUAUUUUUGAGCCUGAAUGUAAGGAGGGUGAGCUACAAGUUGUACAGGCUGUGUGCUAAGCAGAUCCAGCUUUAGUGAAACACCAUAGCAUCAUGUGGCAUAUUAAAGGAUUAAUACAAACUACAAACAUAAUAAAACAAUCACUUACUGGACAGCUCUCACUGCAAUGACGACUGAUUGAAUGUAAAAAUCUUCCCAUUUAGAUAAAGAAUUAAUCAUGACUUUAUAAGUUGAAAAACUUAUUUGGGUGUUACCAUUUAGUGGUCAAUUGUACGGUAUAUAUAUUGUACUGUACUGUGCAAUCUACCAAUAAAAGUUUCAAUCAAUCAAUCAA